AUGGCCAUAGACUAUGGUACGGACUGGUUCAAAGUGGCCUUAAUUAGACCGCAACACCCAUUUGAAAUCGUGUUGAAUAAUGACUCGAAAAGAAAGACACCAUCGAUAUUAACCGUGCGUGGUGACGUGAGAUCAUAUGGGCUCGAUUCCUAUGCUCUUGGAUUGCGGUAUCCGUUAAACACUUAUUUCAGCUUGAAGAAAGUCAUUGGGAAAACCUUUGAUGACGAAGAUGCCAAGCAAUAUCGAGAAAUGUUUGGCAAUAAAAUGAUAGCAGAUCCCAUACGGAAUACUGUUGCAUUUCAACACAAUGAUACAAUAGUCUUUAGUGUUGAAGAGCUAAUAGCUAUGCAAUUCUCUCGUGCAAAAGCGCAAGCUGAAAAUAUAGCCGGGGAAACUAUCAAGGAUGUUGUCAUAACGAUUCCUCCGUUCUUCAACCAAUUUGAGCGACGAGCUAUUCUAGAUGCUGCUGAUUUAGCUGAUCUGAAUGUGCUUGGUUUGAUACAUGAUGAAACAGCUGUCGCCCUUAAUUACAUAUCAACGCGUGCAAAAUCGUUGACGGAACAACCUCAGUAUUAUAUAUAUUAUGACAUGGGGGCUGGAAAUACAGUCGCAAGCUUAAUAUCUUUCAAGCGAGCAGUCGUCAAAGAUACCGGUCGAUUUAAUAAAACUGUGGUAGACUUGGAAGUUAAAUCAAUUGGAUAUGAUCGAACGUUUGGUGGUCAGGCAUUCGAUAUGAGGCUACGCAAAUAUCUGGCAACCGAAUUUGAGAAGGCGUACCAGGACAAACUGACAACAUCCGUAUUUAGUUCACCGAGGGCAAUGGUUAAGCUACUUAAGGAAGCCAACAGAGUAAAAAAGAUCCUAAGUGCAAAUAAAGCAACAGUGGCCUCGGUCGAAAACUUGCAUGAAAACCAUGAUUUCCGUAUUCGAAUAACUAGAGAAGAAUUCGAGUCAUUAGUUGAAGAUUUGUUGGACCGUGUAAAUCAACCUAUCGAAAUUGCGUUGAGUAAAGCUCAAAUGACAUUGGCAGAUAUUCAGUCUGUGAUCUUGGUUGGGGGGGGUGUACGUAUCCCCGCCGUACGGAACGCGUUGAAAAACGCUGUAGGAGAGGACAAAAUCGCAAAUAGUGUGAAUGGAGACGAAGCUGCUGCUUUAGGGGCUAUUUUCCUAGCGGCAUCGUAUCAGAGCGGAUUUAGAGGCCAAGAGGUUAGAAUUAAAGAUGUCACUCCGUAUGCGAUUGAAGUUGACUAUCUAUCAGAACCAAAAGAAAUUCCCGAUGCAUUGGCUUAUCAAGCUUUGACGGUACGAUCUUCGACGACUGUACGUCCACCACAAAGCAAAGCCUUUCAUCAAUUACUAUUCAAAGACCUAUCGUCUUUGAACGUUCGUAAAUUGAUGAACUUCAAGCGAACGAGCGAUUUUGAUUUUACAGUGAAAUACAGCCAGGCUCCUGAUAGUGAGACGAAUGUCAACCCUGCGGAAAUUGCAUUGGCCAAAAUCUCUGGAUUAGCCGAAGCAAUAACACAGUUCAAAGACGUGAAUGCCGACAAGCGUAAAGUUAGAGUUGGGAUACAGUUAUCAGACUCUGGUUUGGUUACUGUCGGUGAGGCCGUUGCUGAAGUUGAAGUUGAGCCCUCAUUAACCGAUAAAUUUAAAUCAUUUUUUGGAAUACAUUCUAAUGACACAGACGAAACAGUGAAAGAAGUUCCCAAUCCCGAGGAGGGUGCGAAUGAUUCUAACGAUACGACCGAAAACUCAACUGCAUCUUCGAAUACAUCCGAGGCGCAGGAAGCUGCUCAGACGAAAUUAGAGUCAAUAAGCCUAAAAGUAGACGUUGAAUAUAUUGGUAUUCCACCUAUGGGUGAGGAUGAAAAGCAAUCAAUUAUUACCAGACUUCGCCUUAUGGAUAAAGCCGAUGAAUUGCGUAGAACACGUGAGGAAGCUAGAAAUAACCUCGAGGCAUUUACAUACAGUCUUCAAAAUUUCCUAUACGAUGAUGUUGUUAUUCAAGUGAGUAAUGACGAACAGAGAAAUGAAUUGGGAGCGAAGCUGUCGAGGAUAUCUGACUGGUUAUAUGAGGAUGGCGAGACAGCACCCACAGAAGAGUUAAAAUCACGACUUGCAGACCUUCAAGCGCUUGAAAAACCAAUAGCAAUGAGAAGAACAGAGUUGUUAGAAAGACCAAAGGUAGUAGAAUUCGUCAAAGGCUUAAUCAAAGCAGCCCGUGAUCUCGUCACAAAGAUAACCGACUUAAGUGCAGAUGAACGUUAUCACACCGAUGAAGAGCUUCAGGAACUUAUCCAGCUCUGUGAUAGCACUGAGGAGCAUCUCAAUCAUAGACUUGCUAAGCAGUCCGAGAUUCCAACAUGGGAUGAGCCUAUUAUAACUGUGGCCGAAAUAAAAUACAUGCAGCAUGAUGUAGAACGUGGAAUCAAGGCAUUGUUGGAAAAAAAGCCGCCAACGAAGCCCAAGGCACAAACAACCACGACGGCUUCACCAGACGAGGAUUCAUCUAAGGAGUCGGAAAGUUCAUCAGCUACACAGGAAGAAACCGUGCCCACUGAAACACAAAGUUCACCAGCCCCAGAUCCACACGAAGAGCUCUAA